AUGAGGGUCUUUUGUCUUUUACUGCUGACACUCAGCGCAGUCGUCGAAACGGACGCGUUCAUUUUUGGUAUCAUUGAGAGCAUCUGGAACACGGCCACCAAAAUCUUUGGGACUGUCUUUGACUGGACACUGACCUCCUUCAACAAGUUUGUGGACACCGGCUUCGAGGUCGGUGGGACGGCUUUAGGGGUCGUCGUGGAUCCCUUUGGGUGGUUUGAACCGUCUAUCGAUGACCAUGGCCAUAAUACAGGCAAAGUGGCCAAAUGCCCGGCCAGGGCCGACAUCCUCUUCGUCAUUGACACCUCUGGCAGCAUGAGUAAACAAGAGUUCAACCUGGCCAAGAACUUCGCCUCCAGAUUGUCGGAACAUUUCCAGAUGAGCGACAAAGAUGUCCUCUUUGCUGCAAUCACCUUCAGCGACCGGGUUCAGAGGGUGUUUGACUUCAAGACUUAUACAAACCACGAUGGACUCAGUUUGGGUUUGGCCUUGUUCCCGUUCCUCGGAGGCGGCACCAAAACAUACCUGGCCCUAGACUACGUCAUCCAGCAGAACCUUUUCAGCACAUCCAACGGAGGGCGAGAGCAGGCUAGCAAGGUGGUGGUCGUCUUGACAGACGGAUCGUCCGACAGUUUGUUGAAAACAAAGGCGGCAGCCGACCGUCUGAACAGGCUGUAUCAAGUGGUUGCUGUGGGGAUCGGUAGUGGUCUAGGCAUAGAGCUGCAGAACAUCGCCAGUGGUUACAGGAAUGUCUUUACGGCUGACAGCUUCGCCAGUUUGGUUCGGAUCGAGCAGCGAGUGGCCAGGCGACUGUGUGAAAUUCCGGAAGCUGAUGGCAACAUUCCGGCCACUGGAGAGGGAAGUGGCACUUGCGCUACAGGUUUCCAGAAAAGCCCAACUAACAAAGCCUCUUGUGUGGACAUCAACGAAUGUAAAACUAAACACUCCUGUCAGGGGACUUGUGUCAACACUAUCGGGAGCUACAGGUGUACCUGCAAGGCUGGGUUCGUCAUUGACCCCAAGGAUACUGGCAAAUGUUCAAGUUUGAGGUCAUGCACGUCUCAAGUAGACGUCGUCUUUGUCAUCGACGCUUCUGGAAGUAUCGGCUCAGAGAACUUCAAGACUCAGCAGACAUUUUUGGCCAAGCUGACCCACCACUUCAUUGUGGGCCCCAAGGGAACCCUGUUUGGCGGUUUGCUGUUUUCAACUAAUGUCACUAAACUGUUUGACCUGAACAAGUACACGUCCCGAACCGACAUCACAACC